AUGGCGAAAAACUUGUUGCUGGACAUUGAAGGAACAGUCGGAAGUAUUUCUUUCGUUAAAAAUGACUUGUUUACCUACGCGGAGAAACAUUACAAGGAAUAUAUUGAACAACAUUAUAAAACUGAUGAAAAUUUGCAAGCUUUAGGCGAUUCGCCGGAGUCUUCAUUGAGCAAGAUCCAGAAGCUGCAUGCAGAAGGAAGCAAAGAGCGUCAUUUCAAACAUGUGCAAGGCAAGAUCUGGAAAGAUGGUUAUAAAAAGAAUGAGCUUGUUUCUCACUUAUUUCCGGACGUCAUUCCUUCUAUUGAGCGUGCCUUGCGGUCCGGAGCCAAAGUCUACAUCUAUUCCAGUGGAAGUAUUCCUGCACAAAAAUUGUAUUUCAGCCAUACGGAGUUUGGAGAUAUAUUGCCUUUUUUUUCUGGUUUCUUUGAUACGAGUACCGGAAUAAAGACGGAAAGCGCUAGUUAUAAAAAGAUCAUUGGAGACUCGGAUGCUCGCGAAUGGUUGUUUUUGAGUGACAAUAUUAAAGAGUUACAGGCUGCCCAAGAAAUUGGGCUUCACGUCGGCUUGGUUGUUCGACCGGGAAAUGAAACUGCUUCGGAAACUGAUGGGAUCCCCGUUUAUCAUUCAUUUGACUGUUUAUUUACUGAAUGA